CCUAGACAUGGCCGAAGAUUGUAUCUCCGAUCGGAGUCCGACGCAAGGUCCGCAGGCUGUGAAGGUCAUAUAACACUUUCGUUAGAGCCAAUUCAGUUCAGUCAGCCCAACCGUGUCUUACCUUAGUCUCUAUCGGCACUCCCUUUAUAUCGCCUUUUCUCUGCCCCUUACCUCACGGCCAUCAUGCUCCCUGCUCAGCGCAAGAAGGUUGACAUCAGCAAACUGUCGGACCAGGAGCAGGUCCUUUUCGCCAAGUAUGGAAAACUUCCAACGCACAAGAAUGUUUUGAUGAAGAUGCAAAAGGAUCGGAAGUAUUUUGACUCGGGAGAUUAUGCUUUAUCGAAAGCUGGCGUAGCACCCCAAAGUACAGUGGGUACUGCGAUACCCAAUCCUCAGAAUAUCCCUCACGCCUCGUCCCCUACCAACGGCCAUCAAGGAGGCCUCUCCGUGUCUCCUACGAAUACCACUUGUCCCGUCCUGAAAGAGAGUAGUCUCUCCCAGGACGAAAUCUCUGCGGAUGUUCAGCCAACACCUGAUACGGAGUAAGCGGUGCCAGUUUCUUCGGAAACCUCUACGUUGCAUUCGCUAUCAUAUUUGUGUCGGCUAUACACUACUCUAGGAACUUGCAGUUCUUAAUUAUUCC